UGAAGAACUAAACCGAAUAGGUUGUUUCUGCACACUCUUAGGAGUUUGCGCCUCACUUUCAGACUGAGCUGGUUAUUUGGAGCCCCUGCGGUGCACGGAUUACAAUGCAAAGGGUUCUGGAGGUUUGGGUCACCCUGGUGGCAGUCACAGAGGGGGUGUUCGGCGGGUACGGGCUGAGCAUGUUCGCCGCACAGUCCUCCCCACCGGACCCCUGCUACGACGAGAACGGGAACCCACGGAGGUGCAUCCCGGAUUUCGUGAACUCCGCCUUUGGGAAGGAGGUGCGAGUGUCCAGCACCUGUGGAGGACCCAGCGCCAGGUACUGCGUGGUGGCCGAGAAGGGAGAGGAUCGCACCCGGGACUGUCACACCUGCGACGCUGCGGAUCCCAAGAAGUCUCAUCCACCUGCGUACCUGACGGACCUCAACAACCCACACAACCUCACCUGCUGGCAGUCGGAGAACUACGCUCAGUACCCACAGAACGUCACACUCACCUUGUCGUUGGGGAAGAAGUUCGAGGUGACAUAUGUGAGCCUGCAGUUCUGCUCACCCAGACCCGAGUCCAUGGCCAUCUACAAGUCCAUGGACUACGGGAAGACCUGGGUGCCGUUUCAGUAUUACUCCACUCAAUGCAAGAAGAUGUACAACAGGCAGAAUAAAGCCUCCAUCACCAAGCAGAACGAGCAAGAAGCCAUCUGCACUGACUCCCACACCGACAUGCAUCCUCUGACCGGAGGCCUCAUCGCCUUCAGCACCCUGGACGGCCGGCCUUCUGCACACGACUUCGACAACUCCCCGGUGCUGCAGGACUGGGUGACGGCCACCGACAUCAAGGUGAUCUUCAGCCGGCUGCACACCUUCGGAGACGAGAAUGAGGACGACUCGGAGCUGGCUCGGGACUCCUACUUCUACGCAGUGUCGGACCUGCAGGUCGGAGGACGGUGCAAGUGCAACGGACACGCGUCCAAGUGCGUGAAGGACAGAGAGGGGAACCUGGUGUGCGAGUGUAAGCAUCACACUGCGGGGCCGGAGUGCGACAGGUGUAAACCCUUCCACUACGACCGGCCGUGGCAGAGGGCCACUGCGAGGGAGGCCAACGAGUGUGUGGCCUGCCACUGCAACCUGCAUGCCCGCCGCUGCCGUUUCAACAUGGAGCUGUACAAGCUGUCGGGCCGGAGAAGUGGCGGCGUCUGUCUCAACUGCCGUCACAACACAGCCGGGCGCCACUGCCAUUACUGCAAGGAGGGUUACUACAGGGACAUGACCAAGUCCAUCUCUCACCGGAGGGCUUGCAAAGCCUGUGAUUGCCAUCCAGUUGGAGCAGCGGGGAAGACGUGUAACCAGACGACGGGCCAAUGCCCCUGCAAGGACGGUGUGACGGGAAUCACCUGUAACCGCUGUGCCAAGGGCUACCAGCAGAGCCGCUCCCCCAUCGCCCCCUGCAUCAAGAUCCCAGUUGCAUCUCCAACAGCAACUUACACCAGCUACGAGGAGCCGUCAGACUGCGAGUCUCACUGCAAAGCCUCCAAGGGAAAGAUGAAGAUCACUAUGAAGAAGUACUGUAAAAAAGACUACGCUGUCCAAGUGCACGUGCUGAAAGGAGACAAGGCGGGCGAGUGGUGGAAGUUCACCGUCAACAUCAUCUCCGUCUACAAACAAGGCGAGCACCGCAUCCGCCGCGGCGACCAGCUGCUGUGGGUGCGCGCCAAGGACGUGGCCUGCAAGUGCCCUAAGAUCAAGCCCGGCAGGAAGUACCUGCUCCUGGGUACGGACGACGAUUCCCCCGGGCAGAGCGGCGUGGUGGCGGACAAGGGGAGCCUGCUCAUCCCUUGGAAGGACCUGUGGGGCCGCCGGCUGAGGAAGUUCCAACAACGCGACAAGAGGGGAAAGUGCUAA